AUGAAUGAUCUAGGAAGUAGUAAAGGAAUAAAGAAUAAUGCUAAAGAAAUAAUGAGACCAUCUUUGACAUCAUCAUUUUCAAGCAAUGAAUCUCCAAGGAUUAGAGGAAGAAGAUCACAAGUAUUUAAUAAAGGUCAAAAUAUUACUUCCCCUCCAGUGACAACUACAGCAACAGCAGCAACAGCUUCUAUCCCUAAUUUGGAUCCAACUUCUUGGAUACGAAGUGCUUCUACAUCUAGUCUAAGGCGGUUGAAAAAAGCUCAUACGGACUCAACUAUUAAAACAAAUAAACAUAUCUCUUCCAGUUCAACUGUCAAUAAUGCCACUACAAGCAAAGCAGCUGCAUCUGCAUCUGCCACGAAUCCUUGUGUUUCUACUAAUACACCUGGUUCCUCAUCCACACCGGCAACAACAAGUAAAAAUUUAGACAUUCUUUCAUCUCCAUCCCGUAUCGCUUCUGAAACCGAGAUUCUGAUGACCAAAAUUCAUAUAUCAAGACCCAAAAUAUCCUCACAACCGUACUCCGAUUCUUUAUUGGACAACUUCUGGGAUCCAACAAAUUCAAAACUGAUUGAUCACACAGCCAAUCUCGGUCCUGAAGAUGAUUUCGUGCAUUCUAAUCCAAAUCCUUUGAAAAGCCAAAACUUCCUUCAUGGUAACAACACCAAAUCAUCAACAAAGAAAAGUGUUGAGUUGGAUGACCCUUCACACAAUGUAUCCAGCGACAUAGAUGAAGAUAUAGUCGUGGAUGUCUUGCCAUCUUUUGAAAUGUACAACGCCCUGCAUAGACACAUCCCACAAGGGAACGUGGAUCCAGAUAUCCAUGAGUUACCACCAAGUUAUAUGGAGGCUGCAAAUCAUAAUGAAUCUAUGCCUAAUUCAUAUAUAAGAGACAUGCCCGUUGAUACAAACUAUCAUGCACAAAAUGGUACAACGGCAGUGUCUUCUAUGGAAACUACCAUUAACAACUUGAGACCCUUGGCUACUCAAGUGUUAUCAUUGAACAAUACUGAAUUCGCUCCAAGUACCCUAAAUAGAACCUCAAACAACAUGUACCGUGAUAAUGGGACACAGAUUGAAGAUGAUUUAAAUGUUAAUGAUAAUAUCGUGAUAGAUAAACUGUAUUCCUUGCCAAAACGAUCAACACCAAUAGAAAUCGCUAUUAAGAUUACUAAACAUGUUUCCUUGCCACCAUAUAAGCCUGAGGAGGAGUCUAUCUUAAAGGAAUAUACAUCAGGCGACACUAUUCAUGGUUACUGUGUUAUUGAAAAUAAAUCUAAUGAGCCAAUCAAAUUUGAAAUGUUUUAUGUUACAUUGGAAGCUUACACCUCGGUAAUAGAUAAGAAAAGGGGUACAAGAACAGUAAAACGGUUUUUAAGAAUGGUCGAUUUAAGUGCAUCAUGGUCAUAUACAAAUAUUGAUAUUGCAUCUGGGUUAAGAUACAAAUGUAGAGCUAAGGAUUUUGAUGAUGCAGUCUUGGGCUUAAAUAACAAUAGAAUCUUAGAACCAGGAAUUAAAUAUAAGAAAUUUUUUGUCUUCAAGUUCCCCAAGCAAUUAUUAGAUACUACAUGUAAACAAGAGCACUUUUCUCAUUGUCUUUUACCUCCAAGUUUUGGUAUAGAUAAAUAUAGGGAUAAUUGUAAAUAUUCAGGUAUUAGAGUUAAUCACAUUCUUGGAUGUGGUCAUUUGGGCACAAAGGGUUCUCCAAUUUUAACAAAUGAUUUCUGUGAUGACGAAUUAUCCAUAAAUUACACAAUAGAUACAAGAAUAGUGGGUAAGGAUCAAAAAACACAAAAACUGAAUAUUAUGAAAGAACAUGAAUAUAAUAUCAGAUUUAUUCCAUUUGGAUUCCAUUCUCCUUUAAUAGGUGAAAAAAAUCCAGAGACACAAUUGAAGGAUUUGGAAAUUCUAAUUGAAGAAAGAUUGAAAGUCUUGCGUACAAUUUUUGACAGAUUGAAUCAGAAUGAACCGAUAAAAAAUGUAGAUAUUCAUGGAACAGAUCUUGUAGGUACAAUCGAUGAUAACGCAGAAUUGGAUUCUGAUGAAAUUUUGGCGAGAAAAUUGGAUCAAUUGCAUGUUAAGAAUAGAUUAGACUAUAAUGAUCACACACAGUCGCCAUAUGAUGAUAUUAAGAAAUUUGAAAGAAGGGAAGAUAUUGUGGAAGCAGAAUUAAAAUAUAGAAUUAAGGGUAAAUCUAGUUCCAAGAUUGGAUUAUUCUCCAGUUUUCUUUCAAAUUCAGGUUCCUCCUCUUCUUCUUCCUCAUCUACAUCAUUGGCUAAUUCGGUUAACAAGUCAGAGAGAAAGAACGAUCAAAAUUUUGAAGAUCGUUCAACUAUAAAAGAAAAAAUAUCAAGUCAUAGAAAUUCAGACAAAACAGGUAUGAUUCUGGUUGGUGCAGUGAUUCCGUCUCGCGCUUUACCAUAUCAUGUUCCAUCACUUUUACAUAAGACAAAUACUUUUGAAAAUAAAAGUAAAUAUGCCCAAGAUAAUUGGAUAAAAUUAACUAGUUUAUUAACAGAUGAAGAGAAGACAGAACUAGAUAAGAUUAAAAUCAAUUUGACAUGCUUACAAUCGAAUAAUAGUGUAGGCCAUGAUCCACCAGAAAUUCAAUCUAUCAGUACAGAAUUAGUAAUCAUUACAGUAAAGUCAGAAAACUCAAUUCCAGUUAAAUUAUGUUUAAAUACAUUACUAGAUUCAAAUAAGUUGAGCCAUAUGAAAGGCAAAUUUGCAAAAUACAUGGCACAAAUUAAAUUAGAUUAUGAAAAUUUUAGAAAGAAUAAAACAAAAUUAAAUGAACUAUAUAAUAUGAACCGUUUACCGUCAGAUAGAGAACAAUCAUUGAAUUUUACUAACUUUAUUCCAAAUCAGUUAUAUUGUAAUGUGGAAAGUUUAGCAAAUUUGCAAGUUAAAAUUCAAUCACAUAAUGAUAUUUUCAAGAAACAGGGUGAAAUAACUAAAUUUUCGAAAAAACAUAGUAGUAAUAGUUCUGCUCAAGGGUGGGUGAAGAAAGAACCCUUUCAUUAUGAAAAGGAAUUUGAGAUACCUUUACAAUAUCUCCCUAAUUUGACGUACACACUUGUGCCUAGCUUUGAAAGUUGUUUAUGUUGUAGAUUUUACUGCAUUCGUGUCAAUAUUAAAUUUCACCAUAUUGGAUCUGUUAGUGUGAAUAUUCCGAUUAAUGUCAAAAAUUUUCAAGCAUAA